AAGUAAACGCGUUUACCGAUCUGUUAGCAUGUCUCAAAAGUUUUUUGUAUCUACGCGUAAAAUUAUCGGCGCUGGUGUCAAUUACAAGGAAAUACUACGGAUAACGAAUGCUUCUAGACCAGAGAAUCCUGUUAUAUUUUUCAAACCUAUAUCAACUCUUAUCUCAAGCGACGAAGGCAUUAUCAAGGUUCCCAAAGUAUUCGGUAAAGUGAAUUAUGAAGCUGAACUAGGAGUCAUCAUCGGAAAGUCCUGUAAGGAUGUAAACCCGGAUCAGGCGAUGGGCUGCGUAGCCGGUUACUGCCUAGCGUUAGAUAUGACUGGUAUGGAUUUUAUAGUUGACGCCCGACCGAAAGGAUUACCCUGGUGUUUGGGUAAAGCGUUCGAUACGUCUACACCGGUGAGUCGAUUCAUCACGCCGGAAGAGCUCGGUGACCCAAACGACAUACGCGUCUGGUGUAAGGUUAACGAGCAGAUGAAACAGGAUGAUUCAACUAGGAAUCUGAUUUUUACGAUACCAGAAUUAAUUUCCUUUACGUCCAAGUACAUGUCACUGGAAAAGAAUGAUUUGAUUCUGACGGGCACACCGGCCGGGGCAGGCCCUGUAACAGAUGGUGAUAUCGUGGAAUGUGGGCUUGGUGAUAUUGUACAGAUGAAGUUCCAUAUCAAAAAUGAAUAAAUCCCAUUUUUUACCUGUUGUCUAUAUUGUAAAGUUUGUAAAUUCGUUUUAAAUAAAUCAAAAGCUUGUGCUUAUCAAUCACAGUACU